GCCCUCAUCUUCUCCUCCUCUGCCUUGUUGACCGCGUUCAACCACGUCGCCGAAAUCCCUCUGUACAUGCCGCCCGAGCCGAUCGUGCUCCCAUCCGUGGCGCUCGGCCUUCUCAUCACGUUCCGCACCAACACCGCUAACAUGCGCUACAACGAGGCACGUUGCCUGUGGGGCGAGAUCGUCAACACCUCGCGCGACAUCACGCGCAUCGCCCUCCAGUGGCUGCCGCAGAGCAACGAUGACAAGUUUGGCAAGGCGCAGUCCGCCAAGGUGUGCCGGAUGACCAAGGCGUUCAGCAUCGUGCUGAAGUACCAUCUGACGAUCGACGGCGGCAACCCGGACUCGCGCUUCUCGCGCUCUGACCCCGACCUGCCCGCCUUGCAGAUGUGCGACGCCUCGCACGCCGGCAUCUGGGCGCGGUGCGGGGACCGCCCCGACCGCGCCCUCCGUGACGGGCAGCUCCUCGAGCGUCACUUCCAGCGCCUCUGUGGCGCGAUGGGCGCGUGCGAGCGCAUCCACCGCACGCCCAUCCCCACCGCUUUCACGCGGCACUCGUCGCGCUUCCUGAUGGUCUGGUGCAACGCCAUGCCGCUUGUGCUCUGGCCCAUCGUUGGCACUUCGACGCCGCUGGCGGCGACGUUCGUGUCGUGGGCCAUGCUCGGCACCGAGGACAUCGGCGUGCAGGUGGAGGAGCCGUUU